UCUGCCUUGCGGCUGCUGGGACACGAAAGGAAAAGUAGGGUCUCGCUUUUGGAGUACUGUAGGCCCCGCUGCUACAGUUCAGGCCCUCGCCUUGCCCGCGACGAUGCUCGGGACGCGCGCGCCUACUUCACGACGCCAAUUUUUUACGUAAAUGCGGCGCCGCACAUCGGGCACCUGUACUCGGCGCUGCUGGCGGACGCCUUGUGCCGCUACCGUCGCCUGCGAAUUCCCAGCGCUGCCGCCACACGAUUCUCCACUGGUACCGACGAGCACGGCUUGAAAAUCCAGCAGGCAGCCGCCGCUGCGGGCCUGGCCCCGACCGAGCUGUGCAACCGAGUUUCUGCCCAGUUCCAGCAGCUUUUCCGGGAAGCUGGCAUCUCCUCCACCGACUUCAUCCGCACCACCGAGGUCCGGCAUCAGGUAGCGGUGCAGCAUUUCUGGGAGGCGCUGAAGGCUCGGGGUCUGCUGUACAAGGGGCUCUAUGAAGGUUGGUAUUGCGCCUCCGAAGAGUGCUUCCUGCCUGAGGCCAAGGUCACUCGGCAGCCAGGCCCUUCGGGGGAUUCGUGUCCUGUGUCUCUCGAGAGCGGGCAUCCUGUGUCCUGGACCAAAGAAGAAAACUACAUUUUCAGGCUUUCUCAGUUCCGAGAGCCGCUCCAGCGGUGGCUGCGGGACGACCCUCAGGCAAUCACACCUGAGCCCUUCCAGCGCGCAGUCCUUCAGUGGCUGGAGGAGGAGCUUCCAGACCUUUCCGUCUCUCGCAGGAGGAGUCACUUGCACUGGGGCAUUCCAGUGCCCGGAGACGAUUCGCAGACCGUCUACGUAUGGCUGGAUGCCUUGGUCAACUACCUUACUGUAAUCGGCUACCCAGAUGCUGAGUUCAAAUCUUGGUGGCCAACCACCUCUCAUAUCAUAGGCAAGGACAUUCUUAAAUUCCAUGCUAUCUAUUGGCCUGCCCUCCUCUUAGGGGCAGGCAUAAGCCCACCACACCGCAUCUAUGUGCACUCCCACUGGACGGUGUGUGGACAGAAAAUGUCUAAGAGCUUAGGCAACGUGGUGGAUCCCAGGAUUUGCCUUGAACGCUAUACUGUGGAUGGUUUUCGCUACUUUCUCCUACGACAGGGCGUCCCCAACUGGGAUUGUGAUUACUAUGAUGAAAAGGUGGUUAAAUUGCUGGAUUCCGAGCUGGCAGAUGCUUUGGGAGGUCUCUUGAACAGAUGCACUGCCAACAGAAUAAAUCCUUCUGGGACCUAUCCGGCCUUCUGCACUGCCUGCUUUCCCAGUGAGCCAGGGUUGGUGGGGCCAUCAGUUCGUGCCCAGACAGAGGACUAUGCUCUGGUUAGAGCAGUGGCCAUUUUGCCCAAGCAGGUCGCUGACCACUAUGAUAACUUUCAGAUUUAUAAGGCUCUGGAGGCAGUGUCCAGUUGUGCCCGGCAAACUAAUGGCUUUAUCCAAAGGCAUGCACCGUGGAAGUUGAACUGGGAGAGCCCUGUGGAUGCUCUCUGGCUGGGUACUGUGCUGCAUGUGGCCCUGGAAUGUUUGCGAGUCUUUGGAACUUUGCUCCAGCCUGUCACCCCAAGCCUAGCUGACAAGCUGUUGUCCAGGUUGGGGGUCUCUGCCACAGAGAGGAGCCUUGGAGAGCUCCAUUUCUUGCCUCGAUUCUAUGGAUGUCCAUGCCCUUUUGAAGGGAGGAGGCUGGGACCUGAAACUGGGCUCUUGUUUCCAAGACUGGACCAGUCCAGGGCUUGGCUGCUGAAAGCCCAUAGGACCUAGAAACUCAGUUCUUUUUAGCUUGUGGUAAAAAAUGAAUGUGUUAUUUUCUUAUUUUGCAUUUUCAGGAAAGUUAUACCAAUAUUUUCUCAAGUGUUACAUCAAAUGAGCACAUAAGCAAUGUCCUGUGAAAAGAGGUUUGUAGCCUUUCAGGUGCUCCACUCUUCAGUUCUCUGCGUCCAUUAACCACUGUCCUUUGUACACCAGUGUCUCUUAGAUGUCUCCGGGGAAAGAUGGGCACUUACCUGGCUACCAGAGUAAGGUACCAGAGAGCACAAGGAAGUAGAGGAACCGAAGAGGAGAGGGCAUAAUUAUACAGAAGACAGGAUAUUUUGAGUGAAGAAGUGUGGUAAGUUGGAUCUGACUUAACUCUGUAGUGUUAAGGAAGAUGAACCAGCUGGAUUCUCUGUAGCAGGCAGAAUAGGUAAAGCAAAUAUCCUUUGGGUAUUCAGGUGAUGUGUUCAGUUUGAUCCAGCAGUUUAAGAAUGGUAAAGGAAGGAUAUGUGAAACUUAAAACUGGAGGACAUGCACUUCUAAGAGAUGGCAUCCUAACCCCUUCUGGGAGAAGACGAUAAACUUGUAAACAUCUAAGAAUACCCCUAUUCCAGAACUGUUCUCUGGCAUCUGUGGAUCCCUUGACCAGAAGGAAAUUUCUCCCAAAUACUGCCCUUAAGGCUCUCAAAUACUCAUUUUGGUGUAUUCUUGGAGGCAGUGUUAGCACUGAUUAGGAGUUUAUGGGAUCUCAUGUUAAAGUAAUAAUAAGCUGUCAGCUCAGUAGACUACAGUCCUGUCUAUGAAGUCAUGCAAGAAGUUGUGGGCAGUGUAUAUGUUAAAUGGCCCCAUUGUAAAUUGGUGAGCUUUUCCACAAGUGGACUCACAGAUUAGGCACCUCAGAAGUAGAAGACAUGGCUAUAUAUGGCGGUCAAGAAUAGUCAAGAACAAGAAAUAGAUAUAAUCUCUGAUUUCAUUGAAAUGUCAAUUAUUGUGGAAGUAGGCUUCAUUAUUUUUCUCAAGGACCUCUAUGGCCUCUACAGGGUCUGAGAAGAGUCCAAUAAAUUGAUUAAGUUGAUGCCAAAGUACCCAUGCAAGCCUAGGCUGGAACAUGGGCCCUGAGGCACAGGUUUUUUUUUUCACAGUUGUGAAUGGGACAUAAAGUUCUUUCGAUCUGGGAAAUUCUGAAACUGAAGUAAAGCCAAUAGUUGGUCAGGUUAUGUAUGGGACUCCAACUAGAAUGACUUAUAAACAUGAAGUCGCUUGGACAGCAGAUGGCAAGUAGCAAGCACUCAACAGAGUGCUCCUUGGUCAUUCCUGGGCCUCUGACUGCCCUGUCCCUGGUAUGUAGUUGCAUUGUUGGCCUACAUGAAUGUAACCUUGAGUUACUGGGGAGGCCAUACCUCUUGAAUAAGGGUUAGUCCACAGAACUGCAGUAUGAUAAUCUGCAGUUGCCUCCUGGAGGCAAUUCCCCACUAUCCAUACUUCUAUCACAGAGAACGACUGUUCUUGGUGAGGUUGAAGCUGUUGUAAACCUUGGUUGAUCCCUGUGUUCCUUUUUUGCCAGGAUCAAUAUCAUUGGACCUAAAAGAGUGUGGACAUAGCAUUAGCCAUAUGUCUGUUUUGCAGCAAAGGUUUACUCGUUAGGCUUGGAGGAGCUAGGGCAAAAGAGCACAUUUUAGGGGAUCAGUUUAGAGGAAAGCUGUUGAGUCCCUUGCAAAACGAACACAGUAUGAAAUAAUGUCAUUUCCACACAACGUAGCUGGUCCUGCUCCUUUCCCUUUCAGGAGUUUUGGAUAGGAUUGGCUAACUUUUAUCAAUAGGAACACACUAAUUUGGAGGUUAAUAUUGCUGGAAUGGCUAGAACGGUAACAGCAAAGUUAUUAAAGUUAAUUAGUGGGGAUUUUAACCUAAGAAGGCUUUACUCUUUUUUGAGAGAGAGGGUAAGAGAAGCCCAGCCUAUGCUGUUUUCCUCUAUCACCAAGAACUACUUUGAGCUGAGGGGAAGAGACUAACCAAUUUAAAGGAGAAAUCAUCUUCUCUUAGUUUUUAGGUAGUCCUAGGUUACCCAGUAUAAAUCCUCUGAAUUAAGGGAAAAAUGUAAUAGGGAAUAGUUGAUCAUUUCUAAAAUACCCUGCUUAAGAUUAUGAUUAAUCAGUUUCUACUUAUAUUUUCAUGAUGAGGAAAGGGAAUUGGGAAGAGCUACACACCAAGAGGAUAUGGGCUUGAUUAACUAGAAAUGCUAUACUCUCUACUGUGCCUCAUGGAGGCUACUGAGAGGUUCAGCUAUACUUGGAUCUUCACCAGAAUAAGGCAAGGCUAUAGUAUAUCUGGGUUCUGAAAUGAAUUUCACUCCCAUUUGGUUUAAAACAGUUUAUUCACCACAGAUUUUUAAAGUUCACAUCUAAGAACAGGAUGGUGUGAGAUGCCAGAUGUUUCAGGAAAUCAAGUGUACCACCUUCAAGAAGAAAAUCAGAGUUCCACAGAGAGAUGAACAUUGGCUUCAAGUGAUUAAGGAUUUGGGGAUGAAAUAUCUACAGAGGGCCUGGAAGACACUGGUAAGCUGGAGAGACAGUUCUAGGAAUAACUGGAAAUGGAUGAUGCCACUGUUCUUAGAAUAUAGUAUGGUAUGGGGAAAAAUGAUACUAACUUCAGUAUGCUCCUACUCCUAAGUCUGUGCCUUGUGCAUGUACCCCUCAUUAGUUGACAGUCAGUGGCUUGUGGGGUUUAAUGUGAAGAUGAACCUAUAAGUAAAGGUUUAUGAUUGACUGGUA